GAGAGAUGCCCGCCAUUUCAUGAAACCAAGAGGCAGAGGAAAUGGCUUCACUGUGCUCCAAAACCCUAAUGGAUCUGUACCAGCCAGUUUCUAAGCGAUUGAAACCCAAUGUCGCCCCAGUCUCCAAAUCGGCUAGCUCUCAGUCCAACCCCGACGCAGAUGCUGACACGAAUGAUACCUCUCAGUCCUCUAUACUUAGUGUCAAACAAAAAUCACGUAUUGAAUGCAACAAAUUGCUGGCCAAGUCGAAGAGGAAUAUGAAAAUCUGUGCCGGAAGGGUCUCUAAUUGGAAAGGUCAUGUAAAACUGGAGGAUUUGCUGGUGGAGGAGACCUGGUUGGAAGCUCUUCCAGGAGAAUUUCAGAAGCCUUAUGCCAAGAAUCUCUGCCAAUUUGUGGGAAGAGAGAUAUUCAAUGGCGCUGAGGCUAUAUAUCCGCCUUCCCAUAUGAUUUUCAACGCUCUGAACUCUACCCCUUUUGAUAAAGUUAAGGCAGUCAUCCUUGGGCAGGACCCUUAUCAUGGACCUGGACAAGCCAUGGGCCUUUCAUUCUCUGUGCCUGUAGGAGUAAAGGUCCCUUCGAGUCUGGUAAAUAUAUUUAAGGAACUCAAGCAAGACCUUGGCUGUUCAGUUCCAUCUCAUGGAAAUCUGGAAAAAUGGACUGCACAGGGUGUUCUCUUGCUUAAUGCUGUUCUCACAGUCAGGAAGCAUCAAGCUAAUUCUCAUGCAAAAAAAGGUUGGGAACAGUUUACUGAUGCCGUUAUCAAAACAGUCUCACAGAAGAAGGAAGGAGUUGUGUUUCUUUUGUGGGGGAACUCUGCUCAGGAGAAAUCUAGGCUGAUUGAUACAACAAAGCACCACAUUCUGAAAGCUGCACAUCCUUCUGGUUUGUCUGCAAACAGAGGCUUCUUUGGCUGCAGGCACUUCUCUAAAACUAACCAACUUCUGGAACAAAAGGGGAUUUCCCCGAUUGACUGGGAGCUGUAACAUCUCGGAGUGCUCAGGAGUUUCGUGAAAAUGGCGGUGGAGGAUGCGACCAGUUUUGGGGCGAUGUAUGAGCCCAUUUUGGCUUAUACAAAUAUGCUAAGGUAAAUAGUUCGGCCCAAAACAUAAUUUGGCCGAUUAUUUAGCGUUCGUUUUGUGAUCACCUCUGCACCCCUAAUAACUAUUUUGCUGCAUGUGUUGACGCUGAGAAGCCCUGAUGUAUAUUAUUUAUGGGUAACGUGGUCAAACAUCAGAGAAGAAUCCAUGAUCCAUCCGGUCAUUUCUGUUUCCUUGCUUUUUGGAACUUCUUAAUGUCAUGUUUCCAUGAAAAAACAUGUCAAAUAA